AUGGAAACAAAUGUCAGAAUCAAGCUAAUUAAAAUUGAUCUUCCCGAGCACUUCCGAGUCACUGAUUGCCGCUUUGACCUGCAGUGCGCCGUGAACAUCAAGGAACGAGUCGAGAACGAGACUCACUCGUCGCAGCUGGUGCAACAGGGCAGGACGUUCUUCCCCGAAUGGAAGCGGUGCUUUGACGUGUGCAUGAGUCCCGACCGCGUCAUACAGAUCAUCGUCAUGGACGGUGAGCGACCGAUCGCUGACGCCAUGGUGCGCCUGCAGGACGUGGUCGACGUGUGCAAGGACGACGAAGCCGCCGCUAUUUGGAUCAAACUGCGCACUGCCGGAAGACUGCUUGCUCAAGUGAAGCUCUUCAAAGGCAAUUCGAGACCGGAGACGGAAUCGAUUGGCAGCUCUGGCUCAUCUUCCGGUUACUCGCAUGGCAUCGCUCGUCGUCGGGGUGCCAUUCGCCAUGAAAAGCAGCACCAAAUACUCGGCCACGCGUUCGUGGCCACCUUCUUCCGCCAGCCCACUUUCUGCUCAAUCUGCUCGCUGUUCGUCUGGGGCAUCAACAAGCAAGGGUACCAGUGCGUGUACUGCAACUGCGCUGUUCACAAAAAAUGUCACAGCAAGAUCCUAACCCGCUGUCCAGGCUCUGCGGCGCAAACAACGGAAACUAAGGUAAGCAAGUACGUGCAUAUUACAUUAUUACAUGUACAUUAUUUAAGUAGGUGGUUGAAUUAUUCAAUCUCUUUGAUUAGAUUAUUAUUUUCUGAUUAUUCAAUUAGAGAUAUCUGACG